AUGUCCUUUCCACCUCCUCCAGGUCUCAAUAAGGCGCCUUCGUCUCUUCCUCCUCGACCACCCCCAUCCAGCAAUGCCGCACAGCCACCAGCCCCGGCCUAUGGUGGGAACGCACGCCCGGCCUUCGCAGGUUUCCAACCGCGUUCCGUAGCCUCAAGUCAGCCACAGCCAUAUCGCGCAAGCAACCCGACGAUCUCAGCCCCACCUGUUUCAUCCGCUGGGUAUGCCGCGCCGGCGACCAAUUACUCAAACUACUAUCAACAACCACAGCCCCAAUCUUACCAGAGCGGUCCCUCUUACUACGGUGCCUCGUACAAUGAAAGCACAUACGGCCCCAGUGUCCCGCAUAUCCAGAAUCCCUUCGGCUCGACACCUGGCCAGGCCUAUGGGGGAGGACGCCCCGGCCGCGACGGCGUAGAUGCAGAGACCGAGGCCCAGAUCGCCCAGUGGCAAAGCGCAUAUGCUAAGCAAGACGACUCCACCUACACGCAGGGUACCUCGUCGGCUGCCCCUAGCAGAGGUACUGGAACCCCGACUACUGGAGUAGCCGGUGCUGGCACCCCAAUUCCACAACCCGAAUCUCAAAAGACAGUUGUUCGAGCCGGUGGUGGACAAGAGUGGACCGAUCCGACGCUACUGGAGUGGGACCCGGCCCAUUUCCGACUAUUUGUGGGUAACUUGGCCGGUGAAGUCACCGAUGAAUCUUUAUUGAAGGCUUUCGCACGAUACACAUCCGUACAAAAGGCACGUGUGAUCCGUGAGAAGCGCACACAGAAGAGCAAAGGAUACGGGUUCGUCAGUUUCAGUGACGGCGACGACUACUUCAAGGCUGCACGUGAGAUGCAGGGCAAGUACAUUGGCUCUCAUCCUGUUCUCCUGCGCCGAGCUGUCACCGAGGUGAAGCCAGUUUCAAAUAUCAAAAAUAACAAGAAGGGUGGAGGCGGUGGUCGAGGGGCGCAUUCGGGAGCCAAGGUGAAGCAUGAUGGAGUGAAAAAGUCUGGCAAGACUAAGGGAGGACUGAAGAUUCUUGGCUAG